GCCACCGUUUUAGGCCAUCUGGCCUCACUCCCAAAACGCAGCGUUUAUCUCCUCCACCUCUAACAUCUCCGCCAUCGCGGCUGGGGUUUGGUGUGAUGGAAGGCAAAAAGAGCAGAGGCUACGCCUGGGCAAUCUCAGCUGGAGUCAACGCUGCAUUGGCUGCCAUUUCCGCAAAGCUAUUCUCAUCUCAGGUCAUCAAAUAUGGCCUGGUCAUAAUUUUCAAUGUGACGAUGUGGGGAUGUUAUGUUAACAGCCUCAAAGCUCUCUCAUCACUACAAGCUACAGUGACAAAUUUUGCAGCUAAUUUCCUCUCUUCUGGUCUGGCUGGGUUCUUUUUAUUUAAGGAAGCAUUACCAUUUCAGUGGUUUGCAGGUGCCCUGCUCAUUGUAAUUGGUGUUUUCAUACUCAGCAAGUCAAGUAUAGAGAGGAAAGCAAGCACAGAUUAGAGAAAUUGAAUCAACUGCAGGCGGAGCUCCAGGAACAUCAUCAUCUGAGAUUUAUGGCUGUUGACUGUCUGGGGAGAACUGCUCAGGCUAAGAAGUGUCAAAAGCCCAACUGCUGGCUUCUUGAGUUGCAAGGUCUUCUGCAAGUAGGUUUAGAUUGAAUCACAUGUCGUCGAAAAAUUAAGGAAGCGAUCAAUUGCGUGGUCAUAUUUUGUUGAGAAAUCUGUGAUCAUAAUUUUAUUUUAGACUGCAUUUGUAGAAGUAAAGUAUAUUUAGGAAAUGGUUCUUGACAACUCCAAAUAUACCAUUGAAUUUGUUGUAAAGGUGCAGAACAGUAGUAUUGAUCUGUUCUAUCAAACAAGGACUUGGUACCUUACAAAUUUGCUUUGUACUUUUAUUUGGCAUCAUGUUGAAAUGUUGUUUCAUUAUUUCUUUAA